ACUUCAAGCUAUCAGUAUUUUUAUGCACAGAAUUCAAAGAUUUAUUUGUACGGUAGGUAUUAAUACGAACUAUCAUUCACAGUCCACUGCCCUGACCUUGGAUUCUGUCAGUGGAAGAAACAUGCAUCCUUGAUUGAUUCAGAGACCAAAAGUCAACUGACUCUUGUUUGUAUAGCAUGGAGCUAAAAAUCAUAAUUCAUCUUUCAUCUUUGUACAUUGGAGAUCUUCUUGCUUUAUCAUUACAUUUAACAGUUUAUCAAUUACAUUUAACGUUUGAUGUAAUGUAUGACUGAUUGCACAUACUUCCAUUCAAGGCCGUACCCAGAAAAAACAGCAAAUUGAUUUUAGUGGAAAUUUCACAUUGAAAACACCAGUAUAGCAAUAAUAAUCAUUAUUUGAUAACCGUAACUGUAAGGUUUGACUAAUGAAGAAUGAAAGUGAAGUAGGUACCGUAUAUACUGUAUAUUCAUAUGUAUUUCAAUAUAUUUUUGUUUUACAAGGACCUGUAAUUAGCAAAAUAAAUCACUGUCAGGAGUUAAAAAUCCUUCCUCUCCCAACAAUGAAAUUAUAUUAAUAGAAAGGUGAGCAAGGAUUAAAUAAUGUUAUAUUCAGCUUCUCAAUCAAUGUCGUUAUUGAAAAGUUCUUUAUAUUGAACUAAAUUUUCAUGUCAUAAUUCAAUAAAUAAAUGAAUAAGGGAACAAUUAAGUCUUCUGAACCUCCUGAAUAGGAAUUUCUGUAAUCUAGAAUCCUCAUACAUGACUAUUUUUUCUUGUAGGUGGACUUCUUACAUAAACUUGGAGGAGGGAGUGUGGAGGACGCUGCUCGUCUGGCUGACAACAAAUGAAGCUGCCACCAACUUCAGCUGGGAAGGCGGGAAAGGGAAGAAGUCCCUAAACAGCCUUCUGAUGAACGAAAUCCUGGAGAAAGUUGUUGCUGUGUCUCUGGAUGGAGAUUUCACGAGCAAGCUGUUUGAAACCAGGGUGAAGGAGUGGCUACGGCAGCCUGGACCAGAAUGUAAUUUACUAAAAACUUCAAAAAUAAUAGAAUUGACUAAAAUUUAUUUGUCACGUUUUAUGAGAUUGUAGUGGAAUAAAAAUGUAUUUUCAAGUUGUA